GUUUCUUCAUCACCGCCAAGCUCAGUUUACUUGGGAACUCCCGAUUUUGACCGAGUUCGGUGAUUUUUAUUUGUUUUGUUUGUUGUCCUAAAUUCCUACGAUGUCUUCAGUGGAGGAAUUUAAGUUAUAGGGUGUCUCUCGUACCUAUGGACGCAGAUUUAACGAUAUUUAUCCUCAAAUAUCACAUUUCCACGCUGGUUUUGCAGAAACUUCGAUCGCGAACAUCGCUCGAAACACUGAACCGCACCGCGAGGACACAGGGAACAACAGAGUUUCUGUCAUAGCGAGAAUUAAUCAAUGGGACGCCAUCUCUUCGACUCGAACCAGUUCGGCUAGGCAGCGGCAACGUACCUCCGGACCACUGACAAUCGAAUCUCGGGGAGCGAGCCUGGGGCUUGGCCCUCUUCUCCGGUGCGAUCGCAAAUGAUGUAGGCUAACGAAGCGUGCAUAUUACGGUACAGCGCAACACGGGAUUGCUGACGCGACGUCACCGGGACAAAGCAAACAUGUCUUGUUUUACAACCCGUUGAUUCAGCUUGGACUGCUAGAUUGUUAAUGCCAAAUUCAGCCAUAAAUCGACAAUUUCCUAAUCACCAUGGAACCGAGUGCUAGUUUGACUAGCUUGUGGGGUCCUGAGGGUCAUGGUAGCCCAUUGAAGUCGCAACCCUCGACACCUUCAAAGUCUCUAGGUAAAGAUAUCCUUGGUGAAGAGGUGACAAGCUUUUAUGAAGAUGCUGGCCUUGGAGGCAUUGCACGAGAGGCAAAGUUGAUUGACCCUUCUGGCACACUGAGAAGUGAUGGCAAUCUCCAACAAGUCACAAGAGUUGUUCAACUUCCUCAGUUAAUCUCACCUAAACCCUCCCCCAUGAAGACCACCACCCAGAUACUACCCAAAGUGGCAACCAUCGUCACGACAACCAAUGUUAACGCACUUCCAGUGAUCCUCACCCCUCAGAGGCAAGUCUUAGCAACUGGGAGUCCAAGUCAAUCACAAACUUUCACACCUGUUGCUUUACAAUCACCAAGUUGGACGUCAGGGUCAUCACAGAAAAGAAGGGGUGAUUUUUCAGAUGAAUUUGAUAAUAGUAGCAAGAGGAAGAAGAGGGAGAAUCAGAAAGAAUCAAAGGGUCUCCGUCACUUCUCCAUGAAGGUUUGUGAGAAAGUACAGCAGAAAGGCAUCACAUCGUAUAAUGAAGUUGCAGAGGAGCUCGUCAGAGAAUUUAGUCAGCCAGCACACCAAUUCUUACCAUCAGAAUCGCAUCAGUAUGAUCAGAAAAACAUCAGGCGGCGGGUCUACGAUGCCCUCAAUGUUCUCAUGGCGAUGAACAUCAUCUCAAAAGAAAAGAAAGAGAUUAAAUGGAUUGGUUUGCCAACCAACUCAAGGCAAGAAUGUGACAAGUUAGAAACAGAGAAGAGGAAAAGAUUAGAGAGUAUAAGGCAAAAGAAAUCACAGCUUCAGGAACUCCUCUUACAGCAAAUUGCUUUCAAGAACCUGGUAACGAGGAACAAAAGGUUAGAAGACACAGGAGCAAGUCCGCCUACCAGUAACUCAGCCAUCCACUUACCUUAUAUUAUUGUCAACACAAGCAAAAAGACUGUCAUUGACUGUAGCAUAUCAAAUGAUAAGUAUGAGUAUCUUUUCAACUUCAAUGACACCUUUCAAAUCCAUGAUGACAUUGAGGUAUUAAAGCGAAUGGGUAUGGCGUAUGGACUUGAGAAAGGUCAAUGUACUCUUAGUGAUCUAGAGAGAGCCAAGACAAUGAUACCCAAGACAUUAGAACCUUACCUUGCAGAAAUGGCCCAACAGAGCCAGAGCACGUCGAGUACAACAAUCAUCGCAGGACCAAGUGGUAUCCAUACCCAGAGUGCUUCAAAGCCUCACCUACCUGGUGAUCCUCAGUUCUCACCCCUUGCUGUUCCGCUCUCACAUUCUGUUGAUGCAGAGGUUGCCUUAGCAACCGCUGACCUGGCCAUCUCCCAAUCAUCGAGUUUAAGUUCCUACUCGGACGCAGGCCCAUCACGAGGUGCUACCGACACGCCCAGCUCGUUACUCGACACCGACAGUGACGAAUCAAGUCGCGAAUCAUUCCAAGUCUAAUACACAGUCUUCCGUUUUUUGUCCAGUCGCCUUCUUACAUGUAUAUCAUAAACUCUUUGAUCAGCCUUGAUGUACCCUACAAAGACUCUGCUUCACAGACUGAAUAUGCGCGAUGGUUUUCAUCUUGGUUUGAUAGUGAGGCUAUUUCAGUGUCAGGACUUAUGUCAACCAAGAAUCGAUUGGUCCUACGUUGUAUUGUGAAACCCAAUGAGCGAGCGUGUAGGGUAUUUCGUUACAGAUGAUGAAAGUGAGGAGCAAGGAAAAACAAAAGGAUUUGUUGAAGACCGGAUGAACUGUUGAAGUGUUUGCAGAGAUGAGCUGAGGUGAUUUCUUUAUUUCAGGAAGGAGUGCUUUUGCUAGAUAAUCUGACGUAAUGAAGUAGAACUUUGCUCAGUUGAGCUCAGACUCAAACUCUCGGAGUGGAACAACGUGCCUUUAGAUCAUAUUAUAUCAAUAUGUAUAGAUGUGACCUUUGUAAACUUGUGAUAGAAAUUAUUGCCCAUUCCUUCAAGUAUCGUACAAAAGGUCAUUGUUUUUCGAAGUAAUAUUGAAAUGGAUAAUGGGGUCAAGUUCUUACAUUCCUUUACCCAAUCAAGACAAAAGACUGGUUGCUUAGCCCAAUUUUCUCUUCAAGUUUCUCUAAAUUUUUGUUGUUGCAUGGUAAGUGAUAUGUUCUAGAGUCUAUGAUAUUUAAUGUAACAAGAGUUUUGUUGGGGACUUGUCGUUGGGAACAUAAUAUUGUACAUGUCUAGAGACAGUUUUAUUGAAAAAAAAAGAUAUAUCUAUACUGAGAGAUUGAAAUACUGUUUGCUGUGAACGUUUAAUAUAUUGCAGUGCCACCCGCAUUAACCUUGUCAAUUACAAUGAGCAUAUUUUUGGUGAAAAUUAUUACCAAAUUUUAAUUUUUUAACAACUAUAAAGGAAUAAUUCAUGCUAAUUUCAAAACAAUUCACUAAAAAUCAUAAGAAAUUUAAGAAGGGGGAAAACACUUUAUUAUUAGGUGGGUUGUAUGGAAAAUGGAAUAUCUUAUAGUUUAGUGUAUUUCAGCUAUGGAAAACCAGAGAUAGUAUUAUUUGUUAUUGAGAAUGGAUGUGUCUGAGCAAAGUGCUAUGCAGAGAUGUUUGUGUUUGUGCGUGCAAUUGUGUACAACGUAAGCAGUGUGUGUACACUCUAUAAGAUGAAAAAAAUAUGACAUCCCUGGUUUUCCAUAGUUAGGAUUUUCUGUUUUAAAUCAGGCUCGAUGAAGGCUCAGGGUAUGAAAUUUGGCAGGCAUGGAUGUGAAAAAUAUUUUGAUGAAACAUUGAUUUUCAAGUAUAGUGUUUUGCGGUUGAGUGCUUGCUGCAGACUGAGAUACUAAACACCAGCUCUGACUGCAUGUCUAGAUUAACACUUCCCAGCUCAACACCAAUUGACACCAAUCCUAGCUUGAGCCUGAUUUUGAGUGUACAGAUGGUGUUUGGGUUUGCCCCUGACACCAACAUCAUCUUUUGUCUGUGUAGCUCAUAGCUUAUGUUAUUUUGGUGAUCAGCCAUAUACAGUGUUGUUCAAAAGUAAUAUCAUUCUUUACAGCAAUCACUAAAAAAUAUGCCCCAGUCUAAUUUAUCUUUGUAUGGGUGCUCUGGGCAAAUUUGUCCCCUAAAUGCCCUCAAGAGCCCCUGAAAAAUGCCUGAAGAUCCAAUGUAAACUGUACAGAAAAUUUUGGUUGAGGAGCUCAAACUUAACCCGAGUCAGUGUUUUAUGAACAUUUUUCAUCUACAUAUA